AUGGCCUUCGCAUUCUUCUACCUCUUUACAAUAUUCUUUGUCCCUUCACAGAGUGGUACACCCUGGUCUAUCAGCUGUGAGAUCUUCGACCAGAAUAUGCGACGCUUAGGCCAAGUCAUUGCUGCUUCUAACAACUGGUUCUGGAACUUCGUUCUCCUCUGCAUGGUCUAUGCAUACUUAUUUGUACCGGAGACCAAGAGCGUGCCUCUGGAGCAGAUGGACAAGCUCUUCGCCAAGAGUUUAAAGCCAAAGCACGCACAUGCCGUUGUCAUGAAGCAGCUGCGGGAGGCUUUCAGUCGCGCAGCCGUCGAGAGCACCGAGGAGAAGGAGGAUGAUACCCACCUUGAGAGCGCUUAA